AAAAGUUCAGUCGAAUUAAUUAAUCCAAUCAAAUCAGACUAAAUUAGAAAAAUUGAGACCAAAUCAGACUUAAAAAAAUUUGAGAACAAGGACAUAUUAAUUAAUUCCGUACUUGUAGUUUGAAUUCAAUAAUGAAAACUGUAGUUGGUAUUUGACUCGAAACGAAAAUAAAAAUUUCCCUCCCAUUUUACCCGCCAAAACGAAGAACCUUUAUAUAGAAUUAGAUAGUAGAAGAACUCAAAUCCCCAAUCUCAAAUAUCAGAUCUGUUAUUUCAUCACCAACCUACGAUUAUGAGCGACGCCGGCGGCGGUGCCGCAGUUCCGACGGGAUGCUACAAGUGCGGCCGACCUGGCCACUGGUCUCGCGACUGUCCUUCUAACCCUAACCCUAACCCUAAUGUCAAUUCAACUUCUUCUUACCCAAAAUCCUCCAAUAAUUUCUCAAAGUUCGGCGAUGGUGGUAAUGGCAGCAGCAGUAGCUUCCAAUUGAAGCCUACUGCUUCUGCUUCGAAGCCGAAGAAAGCGCCUCGAACUCGGCCUAAGCUUACCCCGGAGUUACUGCUUUCUGAGAAAGGUCUUGGGUACAUUCUCCGCUAUUUUCCUCGUAAUUUCAAGUACAGAGGCCGGGGCCAUGAGGUUAAUGAUCUGAGGAAUCUACUUCGUAUGUAUGCUGAAUGGCAUGCGCAAUUACUUCCAUACUUUCCAUUUGCUCAGUUCAUACACAAGGUAGAGGAAGCUGGAUCUUCAAAACGAGUGAAGACAUGCAUUGCCGAGUUAAAAGAAAGAGUUGCUAAUGGAGGGGAUCCCACGAAACUGAACGAGACAGUUACUGAAAAUGAGAUCUCGUAUGAUAAAGAAGAUGUCCUAAAUGUGAGCGAGCCUACUCACGGCCAAGAGGACUUACCUUUCAAUGGAAAUGAUGCUGAUGAGAUGCAUGACCUGACUUUUAAUGGGAUGAAUGCUGAUGAGAUGCAUGACAUGCCUUUCAAUGGGAAUGAUGAUGAUGACAUGCAUGUAGACAUGCUCAAUGAAAUAUAUGACAAGACUGUUGAAGAAACAUCCAUAUCUAGGAAAUCUAACACCAUAAAUGCUGAUCUGCCACCAAGUGACAGUUCAAUCAAACAAAGAGAUCAAUCAUUAGGUGAUGGUGGAAAUUCCAAUCCUAUUGAGAUUACAGAAGAACAAAAAUCACUGAUGGAAGCCAAGAGAUUGAAGGCUCUUGAAAGAGUUGCUGCUGUGGGUGACAAACCAAUGAAGAAUUCAGAUCAAUCAUCAGGUGUAGGAGCUGGCAGCUCCAACCCUACUCAGAUUACAGAAGAUCAAAAAUCACUAAUGGAAGCCAAGAGACAACAGGCACUUGAGAGAGCUCGUGCUCGCAGUCGGCUGUUGCCAGCUUCUUGACCUUUUUUGGUGCAGUAGACAUGCUCUUGGUUUUUCUUACACUUAAUCUGCAACAAAUAGGACUUUUCUUCUGGGGUAGGAGCAAUAUCAGCUGUAAAUUCUCUGAUAUGCUUUUGUAAAUUUGCUGUUGUGCUUCUGUGCUGAAAUUAUGUUUGCUUGCUGAUAGAAUCUAUAACAUAUAGCUUUGUCCGUUCAAAGGUUCCGCAGCUGGCAGGAUGUCUGAUUGACAUUGGGCUAUAAGCCUAUAAGUGACUGGAAUAAAAACCGACGAAAAUAGGUUGAAUGUUAUGUACUAUUAUGUGAAGCAUUCUUAGAUAUGUCAAUUCUUGUUUUAUAAAGUGAUGCUCUGAUCUUCUUUUUCCUCUGCAAAGACUUGUGCUUGUGGAUAUUAUGGAGUUAUCAGAGAUAAAACUUCUUCUUUUUCCAGAGUACAUUGUUUGAUUGAUACAAUAGUGCGAAAUUAAUCAUUACUGCACUCAAGUUUAGGAUGGGGAGUGAGUGAGAAUUAUUGAUGAUGCAUAGAUGUUAGCUGUAAAUAAUUAUAGAACAUAACUAAAUUGGAAUUUUUUUUUUUUUGGCAAAUUCUAAAAAUAAGAAAGGUUUGAAAUCAUCUAAACUUUUUUUUUUCGGAUAUGAAUAUAUUUACAGUUCUUGGAGUACAUAAAAAAAUUAAAUAUAUUUCUUAAAAUGGUACGGAGUAUAACUUUGUGAAUUUAACACAAAAUCAAGUGUUAUUUUUUUAUUUUUUAUUUUUUAUUAUUAUUAACAUGUUAUGAUUCUAAAACUUUCUUUUUGUAUUUUCUUAUAUUUGAAAAUAGGUUUGAAGAAAAACUUGUCAUUUUUUAAUAGCGACAGAAUGAAAAAUCAUGAUAGUAUAUGAAACUAUGAAUGAAUUUUUUUUUGUCUUGAUUUAGAAUUAAUUGCUAAUUAUGUUUCUUCAAAGAUAGUGA